CCCUCGCUGUGACCUUUCACCCCAACAUGGCCGCGCCCAUGGGACCCGUGAAGUUCUGGAAACCAGGCACAGAAGGCCCAGGUAUCAGCAUCUCAGAAGAGAGACAAAGUACAACAGAAAGCUCUGGAACCACUGUCAUUUAUAAUCCUCAUGCUGCCCUUUCUAUAGAACAGCAGAGACAAAAGUUACCAGUUUUUAAGCUUAGAAAUCACAUAUUAUAUUUAAUAGAAAACUAUCAGACAGUUGUGAUUGUUGGAGAAACAGGAUGUGGGAAAACUACACAGAUUCCACAAUAUCUGGCAGAAGCUGGCUGGACAGCAGAGGGAAGAGUAGUAGGAGUGACCCAGCCAAGAAGAGUGGCUGCUGUUUCAGUUGCAGGGAGAGUUGCUGAAGAAAGAGGAGCAGUGCUGGGUCAUGAGGUUGGAUAUUGUAUACGGUUUGAUGACUGCACUGACCCACAAGCUACAAGAAUUAAGUUUCUAACUGAUGGAAUGCUGGUCAGGGAAAUGAUGGUUGACCCAUUAUUAACAAAAUAUAGUGCUCUUAUGCUGGAUGAAGCCCAUGAAAGAACUUUAUAUACGGAUAUUGCUAUUGGCUUGUUAAAAAAGAUCCAGAAGAAACGAGGGGAUCUUCGGUUGAUUGUAGCUUCAGCUACUCUGGAUGCAGAGAAAUUUCGGAAUUUCUUUAAUCAAAAUGAAACUAGUGAUCCUGGCAGGGAUACAUGUGUGAUCAUUACAGUAGAAGGGAGAACAUUUCCAGUGGAUGUCUUUUAUUUACAGAGCCCUGUUCCAGAUUAUGUCAAAUCAACUGUGGAAACUGUGAUGAAAAUUCAUCAGACAGAGGGUGAUGGUGAUAUACUGGCAUUUCUUACUGGCCAGGAAGAGGUAGAGACUGUUGUUUCUUUGCUAAUUGAACAAGCCCGAGCGUUAUCUAGGACUGGUAUGAAAAGGCACCUCCGUGUUCUCCCCAUGUAUGCUGGACUGCCUUCAUUUGAACAGAUGAAAGUGUUUGAAAGAAUGUCACAUAAUGUCAGAAAGGUGAUAGUGGCAACCAACAUUGCAGAAACAUCUAUUACAAUCAAUGGAAUUGUGUUUGUGAUAGACUGUGGUUUUAUGAAACUUCGAGCCUAUAAUCCCAAAACAGCUAUUGAAUGUCUUGUGGUAGUUCCAGUGUCACAGGCAUCAGCCAACCAACGAGCAGGACGUGCAGGUCGCAACCGCUCUGGGAAAUGUUACAGACUCUAUACAGAGGAAGACUUUGAAAAGUUGCCUCAGUCCACUGUACCUGAGAUGCAGCGUAGUAACCUGGCACCUGUCAUCUUGCAACUAAAAGCACUAGGAAUUGACAAUGUCCUCCGGUUCCACUUCAUGUCUCCUCCUCCAGCGCAGUCUAUGGUUCAGGCUUUGGAACUACUUUAUGCUUUGGGAGAGGAGCAAACCUGGGCUGGGGCUGGGCACCUUCCUGCUCUGGGAGAUCAGCGAGCAGGCCCUUCUGUUGGCAUGGAAACAGCCCUUUAUUUAGUGAAGCGGGCCAUCCAUAUCCCAGCCCCGCUAUUUCUAGAAGCAGGGAACAGUUGGGGCGGCUCAGAAUUCACCAGGGCUGGAGCGAGUCUGGGUGUGCACACUGUAUACACAGCCAUCAAACUCAUACAAGAGCCUUCGCGAGUCCGUGUGGGUACUUCUUAUACACACAGUCGUCAAACCCGGGAGUCUGCCCACGUGUGCUGGUGUCAGUGUAUGGGCAAGCGCACGCCAUACUUGAUUGUCUAA